ACAUUGUUCAUAUUGUUGAGUAUGAAGAACCGGAGGCACCGCAAGCAAUGGCAAUCGUACCUCUUCGUGCAGUUCGUGGUGAUCCAAGGCCUAACGUCAAUGCUGACCAACUUUACAUCGCCGUGGGCGUAAGGGAUAGAGCGCAUAGGAUCGUGUGUGAAAUAAUUGGGCAGACACUGAGCACAACAUCUAUUCAUACCUUAGCUCCUUACAAAUACAUUGAUAACAUGUUGGUGCUAUUUGCAACCACCAUAUUUAUGCAUUUUGAGAAAAGGAGGACGGGGGUUGUGAAGAGGAUCCUUUUUAGUUCCUUAUAUGCGGACCUUAUAGUCAGUGAUUACUAUAGAAUGCCAAAAAACCGUCGUGUGUUUACUGAUCAUAAUUACAGGAGUUGUUUGCGUGUGGGGCACUUUAGCCUUGCAGAUAUUCCAACAGCUGACUUUGUGAGUGAGGUUUUUCUUUUUUUACUUUGUUUGUGGUGGUGUGUGACUUUGUUCAUAUAGCAGCUGUUCAUCUGUUGACUUUGUUCUAU